CUUUUAAAAGAACGGACGGAUGUGAUCUCUUACCAGAGGAGUUUUCUGAGCUGUUCUGAGCUGUGUUGUGCUGUUCUGAGCUGUGUUGUGUUGUGCUGUUCUGAGCUGUGCUGUGUUGUUCUGAGCUGUGUUGUGCUGUGCUGUGUGGUUGUAUUUUUUAUUUAAAGAACAAUAACCCCGAACGUGUUUCUUGGCACUCUGCUCUGGUGGUGUUUUUGAUUUAGUUUUUUGUUGGGGAGAUAUGGAGCCUGGUAGAGUGGUUCGGCUCCACCUGUUCCUCACCCUGGCGUUCCUCGGGGACAUUUCCCAAGCCCUGGAUUCUGCCUCGGACUUCUCCUACCUGGGAUCAUCCUUCAGUCUGGAGCCGUCCGGAGAGAACAGCAUGGAGGUGUUUCUGCGCUACAGAGUCCUGUCCUCCUCUCCUUGCCCUGCUGCUUCGAAGGGGCUAUGCGGGGUGCUGAACUGCACCUCCCCCUCACAGCAGGGGGCGCAAGGGAGCAGCCCCUCCCCAGGCUGGUGCCAGGCUCAGGGGGAGGUCGUCGCCCACGCUGACCGCUCCUCCACGCUGCAGCUCAGCUCCUCUGGGUGUUGCUGGUCCCAGUCCGUGGCCCCUCGUCUCCAGUUUGUCCUGCCGAUGAGGGUGGAGCUGGGGGUGCGAUCUGACACCGGCUCUCCUAACAGCCCCCCUCAGGCUGCCCUUCUCCCGCCUGUCAGGUUACCCCGGAACUGUGCGACGUCCUUCAGCCUGGGCGUGUCGGACCGCGAGGGAGACGUGGUGAGGUGUCGCUACGGGCAGCGGGCGCAGGCGGAGUGCACACUGUGCUCCCGUCAAGCAUUCCUGCAGCUGGACGAGGAGCUGUGCGUGCUGUGGUACACUGGUGGGGCUGCUCAGGGCUCCUACGCUGUGGAGCUCAUUGUGGAGGACUACCCCAGAGCAGCAGUGACUCUGACACACACCCAGGGGACCCGCACCAUUCCUCCGUACUCCUCUACCGGAGCACCCCUGAGCUCCACACCACUGCACUUCACUGUCACAGUGGAGAGAGAAUCCUCGGAAUGCACACUGGGAUUGGCCCGUCCCGGAUUCACGGAGCCCACUCCAGCCAAUGGGGCGACAGUAUCCGUGCUGCCCUACGAUGAAGUGACGUUCACCAUCAGCGCCUUCAGCUCCGAUAUGGUGUCCGAUAUCACGGUUCUGGGCCCCCCCGGGCUGGUGAGGUCCAAACUGUGGGAGGGACAGACAGCCGGGGUCCGCGUGGUGUCGGCCAACGUGAGCUGGACCGGAACCAGCAGGCAGGACCCCAGGAGCAGACCCGUCUGUUUCAGCGCCAGCACCGACAGGUUUCAGUCCGAACCCAGAUGCAUUUGGAUUGCACAACAGCGGACGACAGAGCCUCCCCCAGGGACAGUGCUGCAGUGUCUGGAGGAGCGGAUGAAGCUGUUCCUCCCCCGAACCACCCUCCCCGAAAUCAAUGAGAGUGACCUACAGCUCAUCGACCCCGCCUGUAACAUCGCAGGAAACUCCACCCACUUCCUGCUGGACAUCCCUCUAACAGGCUGCGGGACCAGGAUCCAGGAGGAGGACUCGUACCUGGUGCUGGUGAACGUGGUGUCGAACCGGGUGUCAAGCCAGGACCUGGGCGCUGUGAUCACGCGCAUUCCCUCCCUGCGCUUCCCGCUGGCCUGUCGCUUCAAGGCGGGGGGCCUGGUGACCGGGAAGGUGUCUAUACCCAAGGGGCCCAAGGACGAAGCCUUCGGAAGAUUCACCUUCGACAUCAAGUUCCGCAGGGAGCUGCCGGCCGCGGUGGGUGGGGCACGGGUAGGGGAAGUGAGCAAUAUGGACACGCCCUUCGAGCUGGACCCCAGGAAGCCGCUCUACCUGCAAGUGAACGCCAGCUGCAACAUCACCGGCGUGGAGCUCGUGGUGCAAUCCUGCUGGACCUCCGACACCAAGAACACCACAAGGAGUGGAAUCAACUCCUUCAUAAAUAACGGGUGUGGGUCCGAUGGGAAUGUCGAGCUCAUUGUGGAUGCGCUCAAUGAGAAGAUCUACAAGAUAAACCUGACCUCUCUCAUCCCAGCUCGCAUCGUCCCUGAGGUGUAUAUACACUGCUCUGUGAAGCUGUGUAUGGGGAUGUCUGGCACGGAUCACUGUUCCCCUAACUGCUCCUCCUCCUCCUCACGCUCCUCCGACUCCUCCUCCCGGUCCUCCGUCCUGCUCCAGUCCUUGGAGUCCAGUCUGUUCACAGUAAGCGCCGGUCCGAUCCAUCUCGGUGUCAACUCCACCAUCACCGAUACUGUCCAUCCAUUAUCAUCCUCUUCAUUAUCAUCAGGACCUGCCAGUUCACAGUCCAGCGCUGAAGUUCCGAAUCGUGUUGGCAUUGCCGUCGGAGUGGUUCUGGGGGCCGCGGUGCUCCUGAUCGUCGGUCUGCUCCUGAUUAAAACAUUCCUCGGGAUUCGGAACAGACGCAAGCUCGGACACUACCGCCUGCAGGAGUGACAGAGACACACACACACACACACACACACACACACUGACACAGAGGCACAGAGGCACACACACACACACACACACUGACACAGAGGCACAGAGGCACACACACACACACUGACACAGAGGCACAGACACACACACACACACUGACACAGAGGCACAGACACACAUACACACACACUGACACAGAGGCACAGACACACACACACACACACUGACACAGAGGCACAGACACACACACACACACACUGACACAGAGGCACAGAGGCACACACACACACACACUGACAGAGAGGCACAGAGGCACACACACACACACACUGACACAGAGGCACAGACACACACACACACACACUGACACAGAGGCACAGACACACACACACACACACACACUGACAGAGGCACACACACACUGACACAGGUACAGAUACACACACACACACACACUAUAAAAACACUGACACACACACACACACACACACUGUCACAGAGGCACACACACACACUGACACAGGUACAGACACACACACACACACACACACACUGACAGAGGCACACACACACUAUAAAAACACUGACACAGACACACACUGACACACACACACUGACAGAGUCACAGACAGACAGACUGACUGACUGACUGACUGACUAAAUACACACCAUAUAGAUGGCAUGGCGUCUACAAGAAACACAGACCUCCGCAUCUGCUUGGGUGGUUUUUUUUGACAGUGGGUCCGACAAUGAAACAAGCGCAAAGGCGCUGCACCUUCUCCAGAGAGCCGUGCUCACUCGAUACUGAGGGGAGCACAGCAGUUAGAUCCAUUCCUGUUUAAUGAGACACUCGGACACUCAUUAAAACCUGGAGUGGGUGACACUGCUGUGCAGUAGGAGUCUGGCUGCUUAGUUAACAUGAUGCCUGCCUUUCUCAAAGUCUGCGAGGUUUCUUUCACAUAACAUUUCCUGGGAAUGGGUGUUUAUUAAAAUAAUAAUAAUAAGUACUGUGUGAGCAUGUAUAUUAAAUAUUCUAUUGAUUUGAAAA